CUGUAAAAGACCACAGUGUCUGCUUAACAUUUUCAAAUCUUAAAUUUCAAUCAGCCAAAGCAAAGAUGUGGAGCCUCCAAAACCUGCUUUUCAUCAUCUGCAUCGCUCUGAGAUGUGUGACCUGUGAAGCAGGGGUGAUCCAUGUGACUGGAUAUGUGGGGAGAGAGGUUAACGUUUCCUGCUCUUAUGAUGAGGGUUAUGAAUCUUAUGAAAAGUACCUGUGUAAGAAUGACUGUGGUGACAGUGAUCUUCUUAUUACAACAUCAAACUCCUCGAAAAAUAAAUACAGUAUCCAUGAUAACAAAACAUCACGAAUCUUCACAACGACCAUCUCUGAUCUUCAUUCUGUGGAUGCUGGGAAAUACUGGUGUGGAGUGACCAGAACUGGAAAAGAUAUCUACACUGAAGUUGAGCUGAAAUUAGUACCAGACAGCUGCUGUGACACUGUGACCAAAGUUCAAAGUUAUGAGGGAUACUCUGAGUCUGUCAGUUGUCCGUAUGAGUCUCAGAACAGCCUGAAGUACAUCUGCAGAGGAAACCGGCCCUCCACAUGUCUGCAGCAGGCACUGAUCACCUCUGACACCAAACAAAAUGGGCGAUUCAGACUUGAUGAUGACAAAAUGUCAGGAACAUUCACAGUGACCAUUAACAGUUUGACUCGUAAUGAUUCAGGGUCAUACCUCUGUGGUGUUCAAAGAAACUCUGAGCUGGAUGUUUUCUCUGCUGUUGAGCUGGAAGUUGAAGAGUGGUGCUGUGUCAACUCAACUAAAAUAAAUGGUACUGCAGGAAAUCCACUAACUCUGCAGUGUCCCUAUCCUCCACAACACUGGGAUAACAGGAAGUUCCUCUGUAAGGGAGACCACCGCAACAAUUGCUCAGACAUGGUGACGAGUCAAAGCAGGUUCACACUGCAAGAUGAUGCUGCUUCCAGCUCUUUCACAGUGAAGGUCACAGAACUGGAAGCAGCUGAUGCUGGGACAUACUGGUGUGGGUCAGACUCACAGUGGAGAGUUGGAAACUACACCAAGAUUGAGCUGUCAGGUAUGCUGGACACUUUUGUAUAA